CCUGAAAUCACAUUUUUGUUUGGUAUUACAGUCCUGCAGUCUGACACUGACUGUGUUAUAGAAACUACAGUCAGACAGUAAUCUACGAGUAAUUUAAGACUAAGAUGUCUACAAUAAUUAAUGCUGACAGUCAGGAAAUUGCGUCCAAAAUUAUCAAAGAAAAUGAUUUCUUUCUUUUUGACUGCGAUGGCGUACUUUGGACCACAGGACAUAUUUAUCCUGGCGCAGCGGAGGUUAUACAUAAACUACAUGCAUUAGGAAAAAGAGUUCUUUUUGUUACGAAUAACAGCACAAAAACUAGACAACAAUAUUAUGAGAAAAUUAUUCAAUAUAAAAUUGAAGCGUCUCUUGAGGAUAUAUUCUGUACCUCCUAUACUACAGCAUUGUAUCUCAAACACCAUGUUAAAAAAGGUGAAAAAGUUUACAUUAUGGGAAGCUCAGCAGUUGCCGAAGAAUUGGAAAAUGUUGGUAUUGAGAGUUUCGGUGUUGGGCCAGAUACUUCAAUUAUAAGUUUGCAUUCUGAUUUUUCUAGACCGUUAGAAAAGAAUGUGAGAGCUGUUGUAACUGCGUUUGAUGGAUACUUCAGUUACGCAAAAAUCAUAAAGGCAGCAUCCUACAUAGCCAAAGAAGGUACAAUAUUUGCCGCCACAAAUAUGGACGCUCAGUUCCCUUUGAAAAACUCUGAAUACAAACUCCCUGGCACAGGAGCCCUUGUGAAGUCUGUGAUCACAGCGGUAGGACAUGAACCCGAUGUCAUAUGUGGAAAACCUGAUUCUGUCAUGUUUGAUUGCAUCAAGGAGGGAACUGAUAUCGACUGCAACAAAGCAAUUAUGAUUGGAGAUCGUUUAGACACCGAUAUUUUGUUCGGAAAAAACAAUAACUUACAAACUUUGGCUGUAAUGACGGGGGUCACGACUCACCAAAAACUGAAUGAGAUUCAACAAAGCACUGACCCCGAAAUCAGGAAAUUGAUUCCCCAAUAUUAUUUGGAAUCAAUCGUUGAUUUGGGAAAAUAUUUGUAAAGCCACUGUGCAGGGAAGACUACAACAUAUUGCUGAAGCACAGCGUGUCCAUAAAGUCCGUUUACAAUUUCAAUUUGUUAUGAAGUCAGUUCUCUAUAUAUAUUAAACAAAUUUGUUGUUUUUAAUCGGAAAUUAUUCAAGUAUUUUUACUUCUGUGAGGGCCAAAACAAUAUAUAGUAUCAAUAAAUUCCCUUUGCAAUUUUAGGACCUUAUGGACACCCUAUGCUAUACAGAUCUUUUAGUAAUUGCUUAUAACUAUCCAGACCCACAGUUAUUUUUAGCAUAAAACAUGACCUUAUCGCUUAUAUUAGCCAAUUGUUUAUGUUAUUCUAUAUAUUAAUAUAAUUUGAAACAUCCUAUUGAAAAUAACUAACUAUGCUAUGAAACAAAAAUCAUUAAUUUAUUGAACUAUUUUAUUCAUAGAUUUAUUGUUUAAUCUGUGUAGAACUGUUUUUGAAAUACCAGUACGGAAGUCCAAGCGUAAUAGGAAUAAAUUUUGUUGAAAGAUUCAUAUAGAUUUCUGUAGAUAAUUAUUCAAAAAAUCCAGGACAAAAUUUUAUCCCGAAGGACUUUUGGGGAUUAGUAUGGUCCGAAAUUCCCCAAUUUAAGGAUAAUGUUAUCUAUUUAUUUAUGUAAGUACAGUUUAUCGACAUCCUUUACCCAGAAUAAACAAAAAAUUCCCCUUAAGCUAUAAGGAAUAUGAACUGCAUGUCCCAACAAAAAGAAUUGAAUUAUUUUGUUUAAUUAUGCAAUUUUUCCUCUGAUGAAGAUUUUAUGAAUAGUCAAGUUUAGUUGUUUUUUGUCUUUCUUUUGUCAAAAACUAUAAAUAGUACUUCCUGAUCUUGUUAUUUUUCACUUUUAAAUAUGAUAUCAUUGUUUAUAAGAUUUUAAAUUGAUCUUAUGCAAUAUUAGGAAAUAGUUUUACUGUGCGAGAAUUUUAAUUCAUUUAUAGAUAAAAGGAAUUAGUUUUCCACAGUUAAUUUUUGCAAUCUUUCAGUUCUUACUUGUGUCAAGUUAUGUCUUACUUUGCGAAGCCAAAUCAACAAGACUAUCAAGUUCCCUUUUUGAAUAAUUUCAGUCUCUUCAAUGUAUCUCUGCAUGUCUCUUUCACAGAAA